AUGAGUGAUAAUAUAACAUUUAUUCCGUAUGAUAUUCAAAAACUAAAAAAACUAAGACUAACCAACAAAAAAAAAGCUCCAAAUAUGUUUAUAUUAUUCCGUCGAGAUAUGAUGAUCAAUAAACCACCUAAUAUGACAAUGACAAAUUUCAGUAAAUUUGUUUCUUUGCAAUGGAAAAACUUGUCUGACUAUGAGAAAGCCAAGUACCAGAAACGAUCCCAAUUAAUUAGAGAUUUAGAAAUAAAGAUUGAUGAAUUUCCUCGAACUGUUGAAUGUCAAUCUUGUAAAUCGGGUGGUGAUAAAU